AGUGGGUGUGCGCGCCUGCUGCGAGCGUGCGCGCGCGCGCUGCGGUCGCUAUGGUAACGUCAGUGUCGUCGACGGAGCCGCAGACAGACGCAGCGCGUUGAGCAUCAGACGCGUUUUACGCACUGAAAUCACGCGUCAGCGGAUGGAUGCGGACAAACACACCUCUUAAAUGUCAUCUCUGAGGAUCAUUAGACGCACACUCGUAUAACCGUUUUUCAAGAUGUCGUGGAUUGUGCCUUUUCUUCAUUUCUACUCGAACUUUCCAUUGACUUGCGUUCUGUUUCUGCAUCUGUCUGCAGCGCGCGGCGAAUAACCGACCCGCGGGAACACAUCCUUCCUGGAGAUGAUGCUGAUGUGUGUGUGUGUUUGUGUGUUGUGAUCGGGAGGGUUCGAGAUUGAUGGAGGAUCGACUGUGCUGUUGAUAAUGAUGCUGAUGAUGAUGAUGGAGCAGAGCAGACGCACGCGCGCGCGCUCACAGUGCACGCCACAUCACCUGACAGAUCUGUUCAGUGGAUUACAGAGAACUGCGUCGAGUUUCUCACACAAAUGAAUGGAUUAGUGACUGCACAUCAUUCCUCCUCAGAUGAUUGUGUGGGGUUAGCUGGACACAUACUGUGGAAGCCAAAGAAAAUACUCUAAGUCAAUAAUGACUGAAAUAAGCACCCAAUAUCAUUUUUUAUGUCAUGAAAAACAUUUGCAUUGAACAAGAAAGUAAAGCGGGGAGAGGGAAACCAGACUAAAUUGGGGAAGAAGAGUGCUUAAAAACAAAGGGAAGAUGUGGUGGCCAGUGGUUUGGAGGUCCAUAGGGUGGCCUACAUUUGCAGCGUCUCUAUUUCUAGCACUGGGAGCUUCAUACUCUGAUGUCUUUAAUGCCACAGGGAAAGAUAUUUUUAGUGACUUUGGACAAUUCCAGAUUACAGAGAAUGGGCCACCAGAGCUACGGAAACUGCAAGCUGCUAAUCUUCACCCUAAAUUAUACUUUAACCAAGACGAUGUACCACUGUUGAGACAAAGGUCAACUACGACUCACAGCCACAUCUUUAAAGUGAUCCGUACAGCUGUGCUAACGAUGCUCUCCGCAGGCCCGCUCUACAUGCCACCCACAAAGCAUGAGGAGUUCACCAGCAAGUGGAACGAGAUUUAUGGAAACAACCUCCCUCCUCUGGCCCUCUACUGCCUCCUGUAUCCUGAGGACACCGCAGCAGUGCAGUUCCUGAUUAAGUUCAUGGACCGGAUGUCAGCGUAUCCUGACUGGAAAGUAAGCAGCGCACCUAAUGAUGAAGUUCCGAUGGCUCAUUCGCUCACUGGAUUUGCUACUGCCUUUGACUUCAUCUACUCUUUGCUGGAUCAGAAGCGCCGAGAACUGUACUUAAAGAAGAUUUCUGCUGAAACCCAAGCGCUCUACGAGACGUCAAAGUACAGGGGCUGGGGGAAGCAGUUUCUUCAAAACCAUCAAACCACUAAUAUAGUUGCUAUUCUGACUGGAGCAAUAGUUGUGGGUGCACACGAUGACACUCAGUCGAUGGUUUGGAAACAGGUAUCUGUAAAUUACAUGGAGAAGACCAUGUUUCUGUUAAGUCAUGUUGUAGACGGCUCUCUGGACGAGGGAGUUGCAUACGGGAGCUACACAGCAAAGUCAAUCACGCAGUAUGUUUUCCUAGCGAAGCGCCACUUCAGCAUAGACAACACACAGAACAACUGGCUACGAACUCAUUACUGGUUUUAUUAUGCCACGUUGCUUCCGGGCUUUCAGAGAACCGUUGGUAUAGGGGACUCAAACUAUAACUGGUUCUAUGGACCGGAGAGCCAGUUAGUCUUUUUAGAUUCAUUUGUGAUCAAAAAUGGGUCUGGUAAUUGGCUGGCACAGCAGAUUAGGAAGCACAGACCUAAAGACGGUCCUAUGGGUCAGUCCUUUGCCCAGCGCUGGACGACGCUUCACACAGAGUUCAUCUGGUAUAAUGCCGACUUCACACCACAGCCCCCUUAUGAUCACAAUAAGGCUAAGAUGCACAUCUUCUCAAACUGGGGCGUGGUAACCUAUGGGGCUGGUUUAUCUGUUGCACAAGGCAACACCUUCGUCUCAUUUAAAUCUGGUAAACUGGGUGGCCGGGCAGUGUUUGACAUUGUCCAUGCCAAGCCUUACUCAUGGGUGGAAGGCUGGAACAGCUUUAACCCUGGUCACGAGCACCCAGACCAAAACUCAUUUACUUUUGCCCCUAAUGGACAAGUGUUUGUUUCUGAGGCAUUAUAUGGCCCCAAAUACAGCUUCCUGAACAACGUGCUGGUGUUCAGUCCUUCCCCGACGAGCCAGUGUAAUGUCCCUUGGGAAGGACAGCUCGGGGAAUGUGCCAAGUGGCUGCGCUGGACAGACCCAGGGGUCGGAGACUCGGCGGGAGAGCUGAUCGCUGCUUCUGCUCAUGGAGACGCUAUGUUUGUGAGCGGAGAAGCAGCUGCGGCGUAUUCCUCAGCCAUGAGACUGAAGAGUGUGUACCGAGCCCUGCUUCUCCUCAACUCACAGACUCUUGUGGUAGUGGACCACGUUGAGAAAAGAGACGACUCACCAGUGAACGCCGUCAGUGCGUUCUUUCACAAUCUUGAUAUUGACUUUAAAUAUGUGCCCCAUAGUUUCACAGACAGGUAUAAUGGAGCAUUGAUGGAUGUCUGGGAUGCUCAUUACAAAAUGUUUUGGUUUGACAGUCAGGGGCGCAGCCCUAAUACACAAAUACAGGAGGCUGAGCAGGAAGCUGAGUUUAAAAAGAGGUGGACACAGUUUAUCAACAUCACCUUCCCUUUCACAGAUUCAGUAGGUAGGAUGGUGUAUGUGAUGCAUGGGCCUUACGUUAAAGUUUCCAACUGUAGGUUCACUGAAAGCAGUAAGAAUGGACUAAAACUUUCUCUUGUCAUCAAUAACACUGAGAAAAUAGUGUCUGUAGUAACCAAUCACAGAGACAUCGGGGCCCGUUACAGCUAUCUGGGCUUUGGGGGUUAUGCUAAGGUGGAAGACAGACAUCAGGUUAUCCGUUUUGGCUUGGAGACACAGCUUGUCCCGAAACAGACUAAACUGCACAAUCAUCUCUUUGACUUUGGGGUUACGGUGAAUGUCAUUGCUGGGGUAAUACUGUGUGUGGCCAUUAUUUUCUUGACCCUACAGCGGAAGUUAUACAUUUGCUUUAGCAGACUGAUGCGUUACGCUUUGCUUUCGGUGUUAAUGCUGUGGAUAACCGAGCUCCUGUUCGUCUCAAACAGCUGUGAUCAGCUCCUGUGUAAGGUGAAGUGGCGCGGAGCCACCACAGACCCAGAGCUUAGCAAACAAAUGAGGCUUUAUGACCAGCAUCAGCUCCCUCUGCCCACGGUAGUGAUCACCACACUCCCUGGCUCGGGAUCAGACAUCCUUAAGCAUCUAUUCUACAACAACACAGACUUUGUCUACCUGCGCAUCCCUACAGAACACUUGGAUAUACCCGAAACAGAGUUUGAAUUUGACUCUUUAGUAGAUGCUUGUGAAUGGACGCGGUCAGAAGCCCAGUGUGGGCGUUUUAAAAUGAUUCAGGGCUGGCUGCAUUCACUUGUUCACAACACCCACUUAUUCCUGCAGAACAUCCCACUCCAUGACACCAGCCGCCUGAAACCGGCCCAAAGAGUGAGCCUCUCCCCGGACAAGAGGAGGAGGCUGAGGAGGAGAGAGUCCAAGGCUGAGAUGAAAGGCCGGGUGCGAGUCGACAGGGAUGUAGAGUAUGUCCAAGAGCUGAGGAGACACACGCUGGACUAUCCUAACGCCCGUGUAGUUCUCAAUCUCUGCAGCGGCAGCUGGGCUCUCAAGCUGCCUUUUCUCCAAGAAGUUAUCGGACCUUCCCUGAGAGCCAUCUACGUCGUCAGGGACCCUCGUGCAUGGAUUUAUCUGAUGCUUUAUAAUAGCAAACCUAGCCUUUACUCACUCAAGAACAUUCCCCAGCAUCUAGCUCUUAUUUUCAAGCAGGACAUGGUUAGUGACAGGUGUCCGACCACGUUUGCGGCGGAGUUUAGGAAGCUGUGGCAGCUCAUAUCUCGUUCAGAGACCAAUCCUGUGCUGUUAUUGUCCCAUCUGUGGCUGGCUCACACCGCUGCUGUCCUCAGAGUCACAGCUAGCUUAUCUGAAGAGUCCUAUCUUCAAGUCAGGUUUGAGGAUGUCGUAAACUAUCCUCAAGAGACAGCUGAGAAGAUUCACUAUUUCCUUGGAAUCCCUGUAUCUCCUUCAGCCCUGAAUCAGCUCAUGUUCACCACCUCCACAAACUUGUAUAACCUGAUGUAUGAAGGGGACAUUUCACCAGCUAACAUCAACAAAUGGAGGAGAAACAUGCCAAGAAGAGAUAUCAGACUCAUAGAGUACACGUGUGGAUUCCUGAUGAGGCAACUCGGGUAUCAAAGGUUCACUGAUUAAUUAGCUGCAGGCCAGCUGUUGUCAUUAAUCUCAUGUAUAUGAUCAUUUGAUAUUUGUGUUGUAUUUUUGCACAAAAUUGAGUUGAAAAUAAAGUGGAAAUGAAAAAGCUAGGCCAGGGGUGCCCAAACUCGGUCCUGGAGGUCUGGCGUCCUGCAGAGUUUAGAUCUAUCCCCAAUUAGACACACCUGAACCAGCUCAAUCAAGCUCGUACUAGACACCUCCAGGCAGGUGUGUUGGGGCAAGCUGGAGCUAUUCUCUGUGGGACAUCAGUCCUCCAGGACAGAGUCUGGCACCCCUGAACUAGGCACACGAAUGGGAACAUCAGUCUGUGAUUCAGCACCAUGUCCAAUCUAACAUUUGGUACUACAAUCCCUCCAGGACACUGAUUUUUGAUCAAAUAAAUGCAUCCUUGUUGAGCAGAAGAGACUUCUUGGAAAAAACAUUGUACCCACCCACACUUUUAUAGAAAGAUUCACAUUAGUAUUGUUUAUAUUAGACACUGUUUUUCCUGUUGUAUGACACCAGUGAAGUAAUCACAGUUAUCUACAUAUGGAGGAAACGGUUCAAACUAAUGCUUAGCCUCCAUACAAUCACAUGUAAGUCCAGCGGUCGAAGAACUUCACUGUUACAUGAAAAAUCAACUGUUCACAAUCACAACAGAGCUGCCUUUUUUAAUAAUCAGAUAUUUGAUGAUCAAUGAGAUUGCUGUCCUAAAACUAACAUAAUGAAUUAAGAAGAAUACUCAAAUUGUUUGGACCUGAAAUGACUUUUUGGCCGGAAAUUAUAUUUUAAACUAUCGCCUGAUUGUCAGUUCACAAAAGUAAUUUGAAAGAGAGCAAGCACUUCAUUUCACUUUGCAUGAAACAAAGUGUUGACAGAAUGUUUUAGUAAGAUAAUAAUUCCCGUCAGCCAUGCAUUGGUAUUUUUGCUAUCGUUGUGUGUUCUGUGUCAGCAGUCAUGCUCUUUUUGCAUCCAAGGGUGCGUUUCCCCAAAGCUAACGUUAGCCAGCUCUCAAUCCAUCCUCACCAUCAUAGUUCAGUGAUUCAGCGUUUCCUGAAAUCAUAGUUCCAACAAACAUUGACAGAGAGCAUGGCAAACAUAUGUGUUUGGAGUGGGUUGGGGUUAGGAGUGAUAAGGAAUCCCACAAAAUAAAGCAUAAGGAAGAAAAGACAUAGCAAAGCAGUCUUCAGAUGCAAAGUUCAGUAUUACAUUACAGCAGUAAUCUGAACUGAUUAAUUAGCAGAAGUCUUUAACAACUAUUCCAACCAACGUGGUUCUAGGGACUGAUGUGUGACAAAGCUCCUACAUUGGGGGGGGGGGGGCAGUCAUGACUAGCUGGUUAGUUUGUCUAGUACUGUGGUGGUUUAGCAGAGUUACGCCGCUGUUGGGAAGCGCACUCUUGAUGGUCUGAUGCUUCAGUCUGACGGGUUUACGUCUCAAUGGCCUUCAUCUCUGACUCUGAGCUGUUCUUAAGGUUGGAUUUCUCAACAUUAAAUAAAGAUGCAUAACUCGACAAAUGACAAUUGUUUCAUACUACAUGUGAUAUAAAACAUGCCACUUUCUCAUUUACACUAAGGCACUCUUUUUAUCAGACAAUGGAAAGAGUCUUAUAGUAGUGUUUUAUAUUUUAAAGCUUUCAUCACAUGUUCAAGGAUUUAUUUGUGCUGUAAUUUAGCUGCAGUCAUGUUCACUUCUGUCAAAAAUGUCCUUCUUAGCAAGGUAUUAACAUGCAUUACUGUUUCUAAAUGAUGUGUUCUGAAUCAGAUCUGGUCUGAAAGGAGAUGUGUAGUUCUCAAUCUGAAGCUGAGAUGAGGUGCUCAGAAGUGUGUUAGUCUUCUCCUGAACACAUGAAGUUAGUAACACCUCAUCCCAACACAUUUGAUUGUCGCAAUGUCAAAAUUAGACACACAAGACCCAAUGAGAUUUGACUUCAGUGAAUUCAGGCCUGUGUGAUUAAAUGAUUAAUUCAUCAAACAGAGUUAUAUCACGACAUCUGGAGAUUGCUACUGUAACACACAGAUCCAGUGGAUUUUGUGUAGGAUCAGUUUGUGGAAUUGGAAAUGUAAGUACGAAAGAAUCACACUUUACAUACAAAUAACAUUAUGUAAGAAAACCACAUUCUCAUGCUAAUAAAAUGCACUGGAACAGCUCAGAGUUCAUCUCUCAUUCAGGGUCUGACAAUUAACAAUUAAUAGAUGACAAUUAACCCAUAAAGGUCAAUCAGUUUAUCUAACAAUGAAAGGCAUGAGUUGGAGGUCCAGCAAUAACCAUGCAUUUCAUUUCACAUAAGAAAAUAUGACUGCUGGAUCUGUGUCUGUUUCCUCAAGUGUUUUUCUGGUGUCAUGUGACCAGGUCUCCUAGGAAUGGGUUGUUUGUGCAGAUCCCUGGGGAUCACCGGAGCGUUGAGCACUCUCUCCUGUGUGAGACAGACUUGUGUUCUGCUCUCGUUCAUCAGCGUAUCAGUCCGAGCUGUUAGAUCACACAUACACACCAGAACACAAUCAGAUCCUGUCAGGAAACAUCCGUUCUGUCUGGUUACAAUACAACUAGUCAAAUAAAUUGCCUUCUACCCAAAGACUUGACUGGUAGCCCAAACGGUAUUAACAAGAGCUGACUGUGUGAAGCCAGAGAAGAGCAGAAGCAGGAGACGGAGUGAUGACGGUAAAAGAGCAGAGUAUAUUGAAUAGUCUUAGUUUUGUAUGUUUCAAUGCUCAGACUUCAUCUGACGAACACAAAUCUAACCAGUAGUGCUUCACAACAACAUCCCAUAAACCCAUCACCAUUCCCUCUCAUCUCUUAUUCAUGAACACACAGCCCUCGAAACCACACAGUCACAAGACUAAACAAUGGAGAAAUUAUAUUUAAGCAGUAAUAUUAAUAAACGAAUCACUGAAAUGAGUGUAUAAAUGAUUAUAAUGAAUAUUAGAAAUGAUUAAAUGGUAUAAAAUGAUUGAAUAAAUAUAAAAGAAGAGUAAAACAGCACAGAAGUGUGGCUGGUCUGGAAGCACAGGGUGUUUGAGGAUCCUCAGCUCCUUCUGGACAUCAGCUGUUCCUGUCACAGCGAGGACUCUUCCCAUCAUUCCCAUCACACUUCUCUCUCUGUUUCAGGAAACUCUCAUCAUCAUUUCUUUCCUCUGUUUUUGUGUCAUUCCUCUAUCGCUCUCUGACCGAACAAUCUGGCCAAUCACGGAGCCAGCAGUUCAACCAGUCGAGACAGGGAGACAGCCAGACUGAUUUUACAUUUCAUAUUUAUUGGCAUAAAGCAGCUUUGCAGAAAGAGUUAGUUUUUAAUGUUAAAAGUCAUGAAGCCAGAAGUUCCUGUCAAUCAAUUAAUGUCCUAAUGGCAAUAAUAUACAGCUUUAAGAUCAUACAUAUCAGGUUGUUAGUUAAAGUCAUGAGUUUAAACAGAACCCUUGAAUAUGUUAUUACAGCUUGUGAUUGCAAUAAUGUAUAUAAUCAAGAGACAAUAUAAACAUGAUAUAAAGGGUUCUUCUUGUUUUUUCUCACAACUGCGGUUGAACAACUUCCUUCCAGCAGAUGGCACUAAUGUUCCAUUUCCUGUCAUGCCUGCUGUACCUAGACACAACAUUAGAUGGAUCUGUGAUGAUCUUUAAAAUAUAAAUGUUCUGUGCAGAAAUUGGAUGGGUUGGAUAUCAAUCAAAGCGUGCUGCAUACAGAGCUAGAGCAUUUGUUGUUGUUGUUGUUGUUUUUUGUUGCUAUUAUUCGAUUUUCCAGGAAU